GGAGCAGCCGAGUUGGACGAUGACAUGGAGCGGAGAGGAGUGCCAGUUGGCCGGCCCUCACCGUAGAUGCCCAGUUCUGAAGCUCGAAGGGUGAAGGCAGUAAGCCGGCGGAUUGAGCUCUUCCGGGGCUCGACACGCACGCACAAUUCUCACCGAAGGUCGGACAUUGGCCCGGUCGAUCCUCUCCUGAGCGAAAGUCCUCGUGAGGUCGAGGAUUUCAAUUCAUGUGCUCGAUCGAAGGUCCGGAGAAUGGAGCUCACUCACUCUCGGAGAGUUGUGGUUUUUCAAUCUGCCGAUGUUAGGGUUCGAGUUCGGAGAUGAGAUGUUAUCAAGGGGCUGUUUCUGGAUGUAAUUUGUUCCAGUGGGCAGUGGAACCCCGUAAAUCGUGAGGUUUUUCCGCUGGGGAGUCCAGAGAAACAGGUUGAUGGCAGUGCAGAGUAGGGAAAGCUUGCCGGCUGCGAAAGACGUGCAAUUGUUGUAGUGGGGUGAGUGUUUUUUGAGCGAUGGGAGCCGAAUUGGAAUUUGACAUGGGAGAGAUGCUCGUGGCGUGUGGUGUUCUGAGGUUGGUAGGUGGUCGAAUUGUUCGUGGUGGUGGUAGGACGAUGUCAAUUUUAGAGUAGAUCCAGAGAGAUGUGACAGGCCGAGCCCCGGGGAGGAGGACAGUGAGACGGAGUCGAUCAGGUGGAAUGAAGCCAGGAAAGAGUCGGGCGUUGCAGCCCGUGGCAUUGCCCAAGGCUUUGCUGCCGGAUCCUGAUUCUCUCCUCCACCAUAUCGAUCGCGCUGUGAUGACGACUGAGUAUGCUAGAGCAUCUCAAGAUCUCACAAACAUGCCUCCCGGACCUCCCAUUUUCAACAUCCAUCCCAAGACCUCUCAAGGUAACUCUAAAGAUUCCAGCGAGAGUGUGAGAAAAGCAAGACGAUUCUUACAAGGUUCUUUAGUAGAAGACUUCCUCCAGAAAGUGACCACAGCGCACACGGAGCGACGCACGGGAAGAAGUCGAAGAAGCUCAAAGCAUAUCCUCUCUGCUGCAUCUGGUCCUGAAUUGACUAAUUCGGAACCACGUACCAGCGGCUUGAAGUAUAAUAGUGCUUCGGGUAAUCUGAAAAUUCUUCAAUCUGGGGCACUUGGAGAUGGAGACAGGAGAUGGGUUUCUGAAGCUCGUAAUUCUGGUGUAGAAUCACCCUCUAGUCCCCAAGUUUCUCAUGCUGUUCCUGUUUCCAGAUUCAGUCCCCUUGCCCAAGAGAUCCAACCAGAGAGACCGAUUACCCCAAAAUUCUCCUUUUUUCAACCUGCUAGACACAGUUCAAAAUUCAAGGCUUUCACGGGUCCUUCUCAUGACAGUGGCUCCGAAUACGAUUUCUUGGAGGGAGAGAGGACAAGUUCUGCUAGCUCAACAGCUACAGGUUCGCCAGUAGAGAGAAUGAGAUCUAUCGUGUUUACGAAUCCUUUGGAUUUCAGUACCUUAUUGCCAGGAAAGUCAGAUACGGAUGAAAAACUGGAUUCACCGAGCGAGGUGACUGUAAAAUACGAUGCUGUAGUUGCAGAUCAGGCUUACAGAGCAGGUAGUGCUGCAAUGGAGGAAGGAGACAUGGCUCAAGCCAUCGUUCUCCUACGUCUGGCCUGCAAGAAGUGUCCCCGAAAUAGACCCUCUGCCCUGGUGAAAAUUGAGAAACUUAUUACUGCUGCGGCUCAACAAUUAGAGAUGCAGGAGGCGAGUCGGAAUACUGUGGACGCUGUAGAAUAUGUAGAACAGGAGCCGAAUGCGGCAGAAGUAGAGCGGCACAACGUACCCAUGAAGGUUCUCGCAGUUGGAGAUAUGCUCAAAGCAGACGAGGCAUAUAGGGCUGGAGUAGCUGCUCUGGAGGCGGGGGAACCCGAGAAAGCACUGGAGCACCUGGAAAAGGCAUUAGCGGCUUGUCCAGAAGAUCGACGAAAUGCUGCUACCAAAAUCCAGACACUCAUUGAUCAAGCUCACUUCGAACUCAGAAUGCGACAAACCAAAAUUUGACGUUAAAGAAGA